AUUGCAAAAGAAAUCUUAAAUCAACAAAAUUGCUCAUCUUAUCUGACAUUGAAAUCUCAUGAUUGAUUGUCACAAUGGUGGAUCUUUUCGGAGCUGACAAAGGAAAUAUAUCAUUACCUCCAAGACUUCAAUCGCCAGAAGUCCUGUAUGGCCAGCCUAAUGAUUUAAAAAAAGUCAUGAUCCUGAAUAUGCAAAAAGCUGUUUACCAAGUUCGCAUAACGGAUAUUUUGAAACGGAUUCACAGAUUAAAAACCAGGAAUAGCUUUCUCGAGGAUUCCCUUGCAGCUGAAGAAGUCAACCGCAUAAAUAUAGAUGUUGAAACAGGAGAUCAGAUAACGCAACUGAAUCGACAAAUAUUUACAGAAAUGGAAAAAAUAAUGGAUUAUCACAAGCGAAUACAUAUAGUUAAGACAUGGAUAAAUGAAGAAAAACAGACACACUUGGAUAAUGUAGAAGCUGCGAACCGAAAAUAUGCCAAGAAGCGUCUGGAAAUUACUUCUGAAAUCAAUGCCAUAAAUUCGAAAAUCAAUAUGCUGGAGGAGUACAAAGUGGCAAAAACUGAUUUGCGUAACAAGUUGAUAGCUGGAGAUAAUCUUCUUGAACAAAGAGAAAAUGAAGUUCAACAGCGAUGCGAGCAAAUCGAACGUAAAUUUAAGAUGGGUAGAGAAAAAUUGAAAAAGGAACUGUAUUCGCGCCUUCAGGAAUUAGCUGGAUCGUUCCAAAUGGAAGUUGCUGCUUCGUUGGCCAAGCCGAUUCACCGACUUAUGCGUGAAAACAUUUUUCUCAAAAAUGAAUUGACAGAUAUCGUGAGGGAAUCAAUACCAAAAAAAGAGUGGAUGAAGCACAAGAAGGUGGAAAAUGACCAAACGAAAUGCGAUACUGCAAAGUCAAAGAAAUUUACAGUAGAUAGUAUUAUUAGAGCUAAAAUUCAAAGUUGCCUCCUACCAACAGUGGAAGAACAACACAGAACAGUAAAGGGUCAGGUUGAGCAGCUCCGGAGAUCCAAGAAUGAUAUUAAAUUAGCAGAACAUACUUAUGAGACUGUAAAGAUCCGAACAGACCAGAUGCUCCAGAAAAUUAGUCAAUUUGAAACUCACCUCCAUAGACAGCAAAGUCAAUUAGGGCUUGUUAACUAUCUCAGAGAUAGAUCUAGAACCGAAGUACAAAGAUGUACUGAUCUUCUGUACGAUGUCAAGUAUGCUGUUACUUGCGCUUUGAAAACGACUGGCAUUGGAAAUGAUAUUACGGAAAUGGGAGAUUUGCAGCUAAUGUCUUAUUUGUUGGAUCUACUCAGUAAAGUUGAUAAGCAAAGAUGGUUGAAUUCUACACCUUCAUUGGCUACUAUUCCUCCACCUGAAACAGCUUACAAAAUUGGAGAUCUGGGUUUUGAGCCAUUACACGUCGAGUUACCUUCUUUGAGGGAAGUAUCAAUAAACAAAAAUAUAUCUGAGCUAAGUACCUUGAAAAUGGCAAAAAUUCUCAGAGACAGCUUUACAAAAUCACAAAAAGCUUUAGAACCGGAGACGUCUAAAAUGGUUCAGAACUCUGGAGUGCUUGGCGAGGAAACGAUGAGUACAAGUAGUAGGGAAUCAACCCCAUCUUUCGAUAGUGAAAGUGAAGAUGAGAAACAAGGGCAGAAGUUAGGUCCGGUUGAAGCAGUUGAAGAGGAAGAGUUGGAGACUGGAACAAAGGAGGAAACAGAACCUAAGAUAGGAACAGAUGACUCCAUAGAGGAUGGAGAAGUGAAGAAAGACGAAGUCUAUGAUACUGACGAAACGAAAGAGCAAGUUGAAAAAGCUGACCAUGAAAUCUUUAUCACGGAAUAA